UAACGUUUCUGUCAAAUUUAGUUCGUUAACUAUAGCUACCUAGGUAUAGGCAACAAAGAUCCAAUACCAAUCACAUUCAUAUUUGAUACGGUAACGUUAUGUCUGUCACAUAGCUAGCUGAAGCUGCACUGUUGACUGUCCUAUCAAGUUCCAUCCAACUUGGCAACAACAUGAACUGUUGAAUCUGCGCAGCUCCUGUCUACUGUUGUACAACAUGUCAGCUGAAAGCAGCUGGACAUUAGAUUUGUAUUAUUAAUGUACAUAUGAUCUAGUAAUGCAACAUACACUGCUGCCCAACUGAAUAAACUGGGUCUAUUCACAUCCAUAAGUUACCAUUGUGCAUCUGACUGCAAGAGCUGUAUGGAAAGUGUCUGACUGCACCCAAUGCAGCCACACAUACAGUGAAUAUAACGUGUGUGUGUGUUCGUCUGGACAGAGCGACAAUGCUGUUGGCUCAGAUUAACCGGGACUCCCAGGGCAUUGCAGAGUUCCAAAAUGCAGGUGGAGACACUCAGCAGGUCACCCUCUGUUUGGCAGAGGCUGUUUCAGAUGGCGAUCAGAUGGACAUGGACACUGUGAGUUUGCAGGCUGUGACCCUUGCAGAUGGCUCUACAGCUUACAUACAGCACAACCCUAAAGAUGGCAAGUUCAUGGAUGGACAGGUCAUUCAGCUGGAGGAUGGAUCUACUGCAUAUGUCCAACAUGUAUCAAUGCCAAGAGAGAGGAGGCCAACAGGUGGACAGGAUCUCCUUUUGUGUGAUGUAAUUGGAGGAGAUGGUCUGAGACUUGAGGAUGGUCAGGCAGUGUAGCUGGAAGAUGGCACAACCGCCAUCCACACACCAAAAGAUACCUAUGACCAGAAUACCCUGCAGGCUGUUCAGCUGGAGGAUGGCACCACAGCAUACAUCCAGCACACAGUACAGAUGCCCCAGACCAACACCAUCCUGGCCAUCCAGGCAGAUGGGACAGUGUCAGACCUGAACACUGAUGGAACCCUCGACCAAGAGACCAUCAACGUGCUGGAACAAUACACCACUAAGGUGGAAGCUGAUGAUGUCAACUCCACUAUUGUGCUUCAAAGGGUAGAGUGGUUACGUAGUUCAAGGGAGCAGCCUACAGAGAAAUCUUUCCGCUGAGACUAUGAGGGCUGUGGGGAAACUCACACAACAGCACACCAUCUGAAGGUAAAGCACACUCACUCCUAAAAAUGACAUCUUGAACGGUACCACACAGGUGACCGGCCAUAUCUGUGUGAUCACCUGGGCUGUGGAAAGAAGUUUGCUACAGGGUAUGGCCUGAAAAGCCACAUCAGGAUACACACUGGUGAGAAGCCUUAUCCGCCAGGGAAGUGCACUGUGCAAAGUCGUUCCAAGACGUCUGGUGACCUCCAAAAGCACAUCAGAACCCACACAGAGAGAAGCCCAUUCAUGUGCCCGUGAGGGUGUGGGAGAUCGUUUACUACCUCUAACAUCAGGAAGGUGCACAUUCGCACACACACAGGGGAGCGGCCUUACUACGCAGAGCCUGGCUGUGGGCGAGCCGCCAGUGCCACCAACUAUAAGAACCACGUGAGGAUCCACACAGGAGAGAGAAGCCCUUACGUAUGUACAGUCCCAGGCUGUGACAAGCGGUUCACAGAGUCCAGCCUUUACAAACACCACGUUGUCCACACCAUGGCAAGCCCCUACAACUGCAACCACUGUGGGAAGACCUACAAGCAGAUCUCCACCCUGGCCAUGAAAACGCACAGCGCAUAACGCACAGAGCCCAUUGAGGAAGAGCAGGAGGCAUACCACGAAACCCUACAGGUGGCCAUUGAUUUGGCCUCCUUUCAGGACAUGCAGACAGAGGAGGGGGCUACCCUGUCACUCUGUUAG